ACGUCCUUGACAGGUUCUCAGAAGGCAUGCGCGUAGCGUCACCUGCGGUUUCAGCUGAGUUUGGCUUCACUGACGGGACCAGGGCGGAAACGGAAGGGCUGGGAGCUCUGGGACCGAAUCUGCCGCUUGUGGGGUGACAGGGAACCAUGAGCUGUACCAUAGAGAAGGUUCUGGCCGACGCUAAAGCCUUAGUGGAGCGACUGCGGGAACACGAUGGGGCGGCAGAAGUGCUUAUUGAGCAGACGACUACGCUGAAUAAACGAGUGGAAGCCAUGAAACAGUACCAAGAGGAGGUCCAGGAGCUGAAUGAGAUCGCGCGGCACCGCCCACGUUCUACUCUGGUCCUUGGCAUCCAGCAAGAGAACCGGCAAAUUCGCCAACUUCAGCAGGAAAACAAAGAGUUACGCACCUCCCUAAAGGAGCACCAGUCGGCCCUGGAACUCAUCAUGAGUAAGUACCGGGAGCAGAUGUUCCGCCUGCUGAUGGCCAGCAAAAAGGACGACCCCGGCAUUAUUAUGAAGCUGAAAGAGCAACAUUCCAAGGAGCUUCAGGCCCACAUAGAGAAAAUCACCGAAAUGACUGCGGUAAUGAAACGGGCCAUUGAAAUCGACGAGCAGCAGGGUAACCAAGAGCACGACCGCAUCGUUAAACUGGAGGAAAACAAGUGGCUGAGGAAAACCCUACAGAUCACCCGAGCAUCUUUCCUUAAUCUGCACAAAGAAGACGCGGCGGAAAGCUCCUCCCACUCUGCGUCGUCGGUCCCCAACACCGACCUGAGCUUAAGGAAAAGCUGAGCGCCCCCCCCCCCGGGCCCCCCAGUUUCUACCUGUUGUACGGGCGGAACCAGCCGGUGCCAUUGGAUCACUGGGUGUUUGAGCAGCAGCACCCGGAAUGUAAAUAGCGGCUACAUUUUAUGUCUGUGUGUGCGCCGGAUCAGCGCCGUUUCCUAUUGGUCCUCCGGCGACUCCAGAAGGUGAGAGAGCUUAUAUUUUAACUCGUUCUGGAGCAAAAGGAAAUAUUUUAUGAAAACCCGAAGUCCAUGAAGUGCUGUUUUAUAGAAUAUAUGGAUAUAUUGUAUCCACAAACAUUCCAGCGAUCCUUAUAUUACUGUGCUAGGGGGUAAAAUGGCUGCAUUUGCUUGUAUUGCUCUCCGUAUGCAAACAAUACAAUCCCAUUGGCUGGCAAUAUCAUUCCUGGGAAUUGGCCAAUGAUGAAUGAGCAGGGGCACCCUAACCAAUAAGGGCCACCCAGCAAAAAAAAAACUGUUUUUGCAACACCCCCAAGUGAACACAGUCAGGAUACUGAGUCUGUGACAGUAGAGCUGUCCCUGGUGCAUACUUACCUUUGCCUAAACCAACAAUAAAAUGUUCAUGGUUUCUUCUA